AUGUUCGCGCACAGAGAGAUACGUGGUCCUGCUCGUGCGCGAUCGCUCGUAUCCAGACUUUUUGACAGCUUCGCGCAGAACCGUGCAUUACGCGAGGCCGUGCAUUACACGCUAAAACACAGUAAGCGCUUCAAGGUACCCUUCUCCAGGGGUCAGACGCCGGCAUCCAUGGGACCAGGAAGGAAUAAAAUGCUGCUUCGAGUCUUCUUGGUCACCCAGACGAGCGACCAUGGAAUCUUGCAUAGCCUUUUCGCGGCUAUGUUUAAAUCCGGAUCCUUGAUAGAACUUGUCCCAACCACGGACAAUCGCCUUUUCGGCUUCGGUACAGUAUUUCAGUCUUUCCAUGUCAUUGUACCGAUGUUUUCUUGCAGCUUGGGGAUUCAAGGCCUCCGAAUCGUCUUCCUUGUUGGAAAUACUACUGCCGAAUUGGGUUACGAAGCUACCUCGGCAAUAUUGGGCACCAUAUAUAAGGAGCUCAAGCUAGUUCCAAUCACAGCUACCCGCUUUCCCGUCCGGUCGAGGUCCCGUGACCAGUUUGCGGACUGGGCGAGAAUACCUUUGAAGACCUGGCAGGGUCCACUAUGUUCCACUGAUAACUUCAUUCUUCUCGUAGCAAACCAACUGGUAAUCUGCAAAGACCUUGCGAGCUUUAUGAGCUGCGAGAAGGCCACUAGUGCCUAUGCUGACAUGAAUGAUUCUGAUUGGCCGAGAGUAGCAUUGUGGAGAGUCAGGGAUAUACAUAUCAAGACCAAACUACCCUGCCGGGAGAGUUGGUGA